AUCAUGCUGAUGUCCCAAGCUGGAGGAGCAGUUGGCAACUGUCAAAAUGUAACAUUCCAUCCUGGCUAACAACUGCUUUUAGUUCAGUUCAACAGUUCAACCACAUGGAGAAGCAAAACUACAGCAAGUUCUCCUGUUUCUGGGAGACAGAGCCCGUAGGCUGUAGGAGGAUAAGCUGUGACUUCUUUCACAGAAAACCCCGUAAUAUAAAUGGACUUUAUUUGCCACCAAGUAACAAUGUCCCAUUAAAACAGGAUAUCCAAGGAGGGAUUCUGUAUCCAGCCCUUCGUCAAGACUCACUCAGAAAUCAAGAGAAUAUUUUAUUACCAAUUCAUCCUCCACUGAUUAUAAACCUCGGUGAUGAAGAGGAUGAGGAAGAGGACGAUGGAGAUGAAGAGAACUAUGUUUCUAACUUGAGGCCCAAGACCGCUGCAGAUAUUGAAGAGGAAAGAGCAAUAAGGGAUAUAUGCUAUAAAUCUGGAGAGUAUUAUGGGAUUCAGAACCCUCAUAAACACCAACCAACCAAAGCUGUGUCUUCACCUUGGCAAGAUGAGCUACUACCCUUGGAAGCCGCUGAACAAAACUUGCAGAAAGGUGAUGGUAACACAAUUCCUACAAAAUGUAAUAAUGCAAGAAAAGAGAAAGAGAGUUCAGAAAGGAGAGUACCAAUAGAGAGUACUCCCAGAAAGGAUCAUAGAUCCUUUGACAAUGGAGGAGGUGGUGGUCCUGGGACACAGAGGAACACAUUUGUUGAUGGGAACAGAUUUGAGACACUACCUUGGGAAAAAGAACGAAUUGCAUCCAAGUAUUCCAAUGUGAAAGAGACAAACCACACUGAGCUGGUAGAGAACCAUCGCUGUAAGGAAGUAAAAGAAAAUAAAUGCAUUUCUGAGGAGCCAAGAAAUUCAGCUAAUACAGUAACUGGCAAAGGAAUUCAGACUUUGGACCCUAAAGUAAAACCAAGGUACCAAAAAAGAGGUCAAAGUAAGAAUGAUGAAACUGCUCCUUCUAGUCCUUACGGGAAAGAAACUGGAAGAUACACUAAUUUAAAUUCUCCAGAACCUCGACGAUCAGCAUAUGUAGUCUAUCGUACAGUCACUCAAAAACCAAAGUUCAAUGGAUCUACAGCAGUACCUGAAUCAUAUGGUCAAAAAUGCUCAAAACAAAAGAAUCAGCCUGACACCAAUAGGAGAUUUUGGACACAAACAGAAAACUAUGGCAAAUAUACUUCAGGAUCUUCUAAUUCACCAGCUUGGAGAAAAAGAAAUCCACAAGCAAAACCAAUCUCUAAGUUUAAAACUACCUCUCAGCAGAGCCAAGAAGAUGUGGAAGGGAAUAGAAAAGGAGAAAAAGAAAAAUCUAAAGGGAAAUAAGGAGAUUAUCAGCUGGAAUACACAAAGAUGAUGAACCUGCAAAGUCCAAGAAGAAGGUGUAGGAAGUACACUGUAAUGUUUCUAAGAUGGCAAAAAAAUUGAAAAAGUAUGCUCUGCACAGUCACGUAUAAAGAUGUUUAAUACAUUCACUAAGUUUAAUCCAUUGUGAAAAUUUGGCAGUUGAAGUUAUUUUUAGAGAUUAUGGCUGUACACCAGGAGACUGACAGUAAUAGAUGUCCAUAGAUAGGAAAAAUAUCCCUAGGCAGAUUCUUUCCCUUUUUUACUCAACAGAUGUUUAGAGGCAAAAUUCCUAAUAUGAAUAAAUACUGUUAGUUUUACUUAGCAGUUUCA